AUUAGAGUGUAGAUAAAAAAAGAAGCAGAAAUUAGAACCUCCCAAAAAAAAAAAAUCUAAAUCCAAACUAGGGUUAGGGUUAUCCCUAAUCUGGAUAACGGCUCCAUAUUUCCAACUGAAGAAUUGAAGAUGGGCGCUAAUCCGUCACCAACGGACUCGACCACCGAUCUCGAUGAGCAGAUCUCGCAGCUCAUGCAGUGUAAGCCACUUUCCGAACAGCAGGUCAGAGCAUUAUGCGACAAGGCAAAGGAAAUACUAAUGAAAGAAAGCAAUGUCCAGCCUGUGAGAAGUCCUGUGACAAUUUGUGGGGAUAUUCAUGGACAGUUUCAUGAUCUUGCCGAACUUUUUCGAAUUGGAGGGAAGUGUCCAGAUACAAAUUACUUGUUUAUGGGAGAUUAUGUCGAUCGUGGAUACUAUUCUGUUGAAACUGUCACGCUGCUGGUGGCUUUAAAAGUUCGUUAUCCACAGCGGAUUACCAUUCUCAGAGGAAACCACGAAAGCCGCCAGAUCACUCAAGUUUAUGGGUUUUAUGAUGAAUGUCUUCGGAAGUAUGGCAAUGCUAACGUUUGGAAGAUUUUUACAGACCUUUUUGACUAUUUUCCAUUAACUGCUUUGGUGGAGUCAGAAAUAUUUUGUCUGCAUGGUGGAUUGUCCCCUUCAAUUGAAACCCUGGAUAAUAUAAGGAACUUUGAUCGUGUUCAAGAGGUUCCUCAUGAAGGGCCCAUGUGUGAUUUAUUGUGGUCUGACCCGGAUGAUAGAUGUGGUUGGGGUAUUUCUCCACGUGGUGCUGGAUAUACUUUUGGUCAGGACAUAUCUGAACAAUUCAAUCACACAAACAGCUUGAAAUUGAUUGCUAGAGCUCAUCAGCUGGUUAUGGAUGGAUUUAACUGGGCACAUGAACAAAAAGUGGUUACUAUAUUCAGUGCACCUAAUUAUUGUUAUCGCUGUGGAAACAUGGCUUCUAUCUUGGAAGUUGAUGAUUGCAAGAAUCAUACAUUCAUCCAGUUUGAGCCAGCACCAAGGAGGGGAGAACCUGAUGUUACGCGUAGGACACCGGAUUACUUCCUCUGAAGCAGCUACAUGCCAUAACUGGUUCAAGAAUUUGGGUUUUCUUCUUCUCUUCCCUCCUCUUACAUAGUCAGGUAGUUGCAGACCCUUUGAAGAUUUCCGUUGCAUCUACUACCUGCCACUUAUUAUUACAUGUCAUUUUUUAAAUGAUGGCGAUCACCAAAAAUAUGUAUGCUAGCUAUGACAAUAGCGUUUAAUCUAUCUUACCCUUGGAUAUUCGUCAAAGUGAUUGCAUAGCUGAUGAAAGACUGAUAAUAUCAGAAUGUAUUAGUUAUGUAGAUUUUUAUUUAUUUA